GGCGCUGCUACUUCCUGACUCUCUCUCUCUCACACACACACACACACACACUCUCUCUCUCUCUCUCUCUCUCUCUCACACACACUCUCUCUGGGGGAAGUGAGUCUGUGCCGGCGGUGUGUGUGUGUGUGGUGAUGAUGAGUGUGAGGGAGGUGAAGGUGAAGGUGGGAGAUGAAGACGAGCCGGACUGGGAGGCGGCCAAGGCAGCGUUCAACAACCUGAGGAGUCGAAAACCCAGACCUCCGAAGCCCAGCAAUGCGAUCACGAUCGCCGUUUCGUCGCGGACUCUGUUCGACAUGGUGGAGGAGAGAAAGAUCUACGAGGAGCAGGGCAUGGAGCAGUACGUCAGCUACAACGAAAAACACGAGAACGAGCCGCUCAAACCCGGAGCAGCCUUCCCCUUUGUUAAGGCUCUGAUGACGGUGAACACUCGUCUGAGGGAGCUCUACCCUGACAGCGAGGAGCUUUUCGAUAUCGUACUAAUGACUAAUAACCACGCCCAGGUGGGGGUGCGGCUAAUCAACAGCAUCAAUCACUACGAUCUGCUGAUCGAGAGGUUUUGCAUGACGGGAGGUAAGAGUCCAGUGGGUUACCUGAAGGCGUACCUGACAAACCUGUACCUGUCCAAAGACUCGGGGAAAGUGAAGGAGGCCAUCGAGGAGGGCAUCGCCGCAGCCACGCUGUUCACUCCGGAUAAGAAAAUGGAGCUGAGUGAGACGCAGCUCAGGGUGGCGUUCGACGGAGACGCCGUGCUCUUCUCAGACGAGUCGGAGAUCAUCGUUAAACAGCAGGGACUCGAUGAGUUCUUUGAGCAUGAGAAGGCGAAUGUGAACACACCCCUAGCUCAGGGUCCUCUGAAGUGCUUCCUGGAGGCGUUGGGGAAACUGCAGAGGAAGUUCUACUCUAAAAACGAGCGUCUGAACUGUCCCAUCCGCACCUUCCUGGUGACGGCGCGCAGCGCGGCCAGUUCCGGGGCUCGGGUGUUAAAAACUCUGCGCAGCUGGGGACUGGAGAUCGACGAGGCGCUGUUCCUCGCCGGGGCUCCCAAAGGUCCUCUCCUGGAGAAGAUCAGACCACACAUCUUCUUUGACGAUCAGAUGUUCCAUGUGGAGGGAGCGACGGAACUCGGCACCAUCGCCGCACACGUGCCUUACGGGAUCGGACAAAAAUAUCACAAAGGGGAGCUGAUCAAGAAGGUGGAGGAGAAAAAGCAGUGAGAGUGUGAGAGCGCUGAGGCUCAGGAGGCCACAGGCUGAUGAUCAAAGAGCACUUCAGUUCAUUUAUCAAUCAAUCAGUCAAAAGUUUUACAGUGUGAUAGUUAGUAUGAUAAACACAGUUACCUUUACAAAUCUGAUAUCAGAAAUCUGAUCUAAAGUUUACCAGCGUUACACAAACACUGUCCUGGUCAUGUAAAAAGAGGCUAGAGUUAGGAGGCGGAGUCAGGAGGUGGGAGGAGUUAGGUUGAGGUGAGGGGUGUGGUGAGAGCUUUACUUUAAUGUAUCUUCUGCAUUUUAAACUUUAUUUACAUUAUUAUUAUUAUAAACCGGAUAGGGUGUGGUGUCAGUGUGGGGGUGGAGUCAGUAUAAGGGGUGGAGUUGGGAUGAGGGGUGUGGUUAAGCAGACAUGUAUGUGUGUUAAACCCUGAGAAUGUUCUUAGCGGUGUGGACUCGAGUCACAUGACUAGGACUUGACUUUAGCAGGAGUCAGAAUGAGACUUUACACUCGAGUGUGACAGUGACUGUUUAAUGACAGUGCGCGAGUGUGAGUCAGUAUUACAGUGCCUUCUAGUGGUGAUCAGGAGGAGCGCGGCCUCACAUGUGGGUCGCCCCCUACACCUACCCUCACUCCACCACAGAGCGGAGCCUAUCCCAGGAGACUUAGGGCACGAGACAGGAUACACCCUGGACAGGGUGCCAAUACAUCACAGGGCGGGCACACACACACACACACACACACACACACACACACACACACACACCUGUCUGCACUUUUAAAUAAAGGU